CUCGUCCUGCGUGAGCGACGCUGGGUAUUUGGCUAUUUGCUGUAUUGUUCAUAUGUUGAGUUAUUUGGUUCAUUUGCGUGUAGUUACUGCUUCUGUCUAUCCUAUAACGCCGCUAUGGCGGUUCAAUGAGUCCAACUUAUAAUCUGCUCACCCGCCACGCCCCAUGUCCCGGCCGUCACCUUUAGUCCGCUGAUACUUUCACACAAACACCCGAUAUUGUCAAAGCCUCUCUUUGAAAAUGAGUUGCCGAUACUUGAAGCGAGUACUCCAUAAUAUAUCUUGUACUAAAGCGCUUCUCAAUAAAGAGGAACCAUAUUGGAAACAUAUGCACGGUAUCGUUAAGCGGAAUCAACUGUACAGGUCAAUAGCAGAUAAGGUUGAAGGAGGUGAACUUAAAAAAAUGGACAAAACACCUGAACCUUCUCUUGAGAAGAAGGUAGACAACAAUAUCUGGGUUAGCAAAUACAGCUCUGAUGGUGAAGAUCCUGCUGAUAGGGAGUGGAAGUUAGAGCUUGCUUGGCUCACAAAGGCACUUGAACCAGCUCUGCAAUUGUGUAGGUGGGCUCUGCCAUCAGGAGAUGAAAAUUAUAGAAAUGGAAGGAAUCCUCCACCAAGCAACCGAUCCCUUUUGGAAAUAAUUACAAGAAUCCAACGAAGCAAGGUCGGAAUCCAGGAUUGGAGUUUGAGUGACCUUACGAUUGGCUUAUAUCUUGUAUAUCUUCGCCAGGCUUCUGGAAAUAUAUUCGAAGAUAUCAAAGGCAUCCAGAUCUUAUCAGAAUCAAUAGUUCAAGAUCUUAUAUACUAUCUUGAGUUGGCUAAAGGUGCUUAUAGGGAUAAUGCUGCUGGUCUUGCAAGGAACAGCAUGCUCCGAGAAAGUAAUGUCUUGAAGUUUGUUAAAAGUUCCAGUGUUAUGAGGCCUGGCUAUUAUAUAGGGGUUGAUACCCGUAAGAAACUUGUUAUUUUUUGCAUCCGUGGCACCCAAACUGUUUCUGACCUUAUCACUGAUGUUGUUUCCUCAAGUGAUGGUGAAGUCACCUUUGAGGGCUAUUCCACCCACUUUGGAACUGCUGAAUCUGCUCGUUGGUUUCUUUAUCAUGAAAUUGGAACCAUAAGGCAAUGUUUGGAGAAACAUAAGGGAUUUAGGUUAAGACUAGUGGGUCAUUCUCUUGGAGGUGCUAUAGCUUCCUUAUUAGCAAUAAUGAUGCACAGAAGAUCAUCUAAGGAGCUGGGUUUUAGCCCUGAUAUUGUAUCUGCCGUUGGAUUUGGUGCUCCACCAUGCGUAUCUGCAGAAGUUGCCGAAAGCUGCUCUAGCUAUGUAACAACAGUAGUCAUGCAGGACGACAUUAUACCUAGGUUAAGUGUAGCUUCCCUAACAAGGCUGAGAAAUGAAAUUCUUCAAACUGAUUGGAUGAGUGUAAUUGAAAAAGAAGACUGGAAAAGCAUCAUAGAUUUGGUUACAAAUGCGAAGCAGGUCGUAUUGUCAGUUCAAGAUGUGGCUCGCAAAUUUGUUGAUUAUGCAAAUUUCAGGAGAAACAAAAAUUUAACUGAUGCUUCCAAAGGCAAGGAGUCGCCAGUUGCUCCGGGAGCCCGUGUGAUUCAGAAGGAGACUUCUGUUGCCAUGAAAACUCGGGGAGACGAGUCUAAGGUACCUGAGGAAUUAUUCAUACCCGGGAUGGUUUACUGUCUGAAAAGGAACACGGCCUCCCAAACUGAAGGCGGAAAGCAAUAUUUCACCCUACUGAAGAGGCAUCCUGGCGAGCAUUUCCAGAGGAUAAUCCUUUCAAGCAACUUGAUCUCAGACCACAAAUGCGACAGCCAUUAUUAUGCUUUACGAGAUGUACUUAAAGGUUUGCCUUGGUGUGGUGAGGAAGGUAUUUUCGGAUAACGAACUUUUUCUUUUUAUUAAUAUUCUUUUAUUUAUUUAUUUGCUGUCAUGUAGUUAGAAAUCAGAUCAGGUGUUAGGGACUGCAUAGUAUGGCAAGUUCAUGAAUUCAUGUGAACAAAAAGGAAGAAUAAUGGAUAAUUGUACCUAUUCUUUUGCUUUAACUACUAAUAUCCUGUAGGGCACGGUACAGUAGACAAUUUAUAAAGCUAUGGAAUGUACCAACAAAAUAUAGCUUGUAUAGAAUGGCUAAAUGGUAAGCUAUAAGACGCACGAAAAUAGUGUUCCAGGCGC